UAUGUAAAAUUAACAUGGCAUCUUCAUCUAAUACGCGCAAGUCUGUCACUGUCAGAGCGUCACACACAACGAUAGUCUUAAAAAAUGGUAGUAAAUGAUUUAUAAUACCGAUUAAUAAUUUUUGUGAAAUCUUUAAAUAUUAACCAUUUAAUACAUUAUUAAUUAUUUCGAUUGUGUAUUUAUCGUGAUUGAAAUUGUAACUUACUAUUAAUUUAUUAAAUAAUUAGCGAAAAAAUAUUCGAAUAGUGUUAAUCGUAUAUAUGCUUUGACGUUAUGAAAAAAAAUAUAUUUGUCAAAGAUCUACAUAUUUCAUCUCCAUGGCUAAAGGAAAAUUGAGAGGUUCAGAUUCAAAUAAUAAGUUAACAGCUUCAAAUACAACUUUUAAAAAUGGAGAAACAUAUACAUCAGAGUUUGAAAUUAAUGAAAUACCACCUAGUGCCCGUACAUUGCUUACAAAGGGUUACAUACAAGAUGAAAUUAAUUCCUAUUCAGGUGCUACUGUUUCAACACGUGGACGUUUUAUGACAGAGCAGGAAAAGUUACGUUGUCCCAAUGAACGACCUUUAUAUCUUUAUAUACAGGGACAUGCGAAACAUAAUGUGGAUUCUGCUAUACAAAAAAUUAAUGAAAUUAUUAAAACAGAACAUCAAAGUUCUUUAAAUAGACCAAGUAGAUUUACUAAUGCACCACCACCUCUUAUGAGUUUACAUUCCAGUGUUACAUCUGUGGAAAAAAUUUGUGUUGGAAUAGAAAAUGCUCCAGAAGGAUUUGAUUUAAGAGGCAGAAUCAUAGGUGCAGGUGGAGCAAAUUUAUUAUAUAUUAGGAGUGAAACAGGUGCAAAUAUAACUUUAAAAGGUAGAGGAUCACAAUUCAUUGAUCCCAUUUUAGGCACUGAAUCUCCAGAACCAUUGCAUUUGUACAUAGAGCAUCCAAAACCAGAAGCAUUACAAAAUGCAAAACAGUUAGCAAUUAAUUUAAUUCAGACAAUGCAAUCUGAAUUACAAUCAUAUAUACAGCAACAGCCACCACCAGUACAAUCACAGCAAGUUAUAGAACAGUCGCAAAUACCACAAACACAAUUUCAAACCAUGAACAUUGGUACUUUGGGACAGCCUAAUGUUGUUACUAUACAACAUCAAGAUAUCAUACAACAUCCUCAAAGUAAUGUAGUAACAUUGCCAGCAACCAUUCUCACUGCUACAGUAACUGGUGCACCAGGAUCUGGAAUAACAGUUCCUCCACCUGGAGUACAUAUACCUCCUCAUUCAGGACCAUUAGUACCACCACCACAAGCACAGGAGAUACAAACAUUUAUGCCACCUCCACCUGUUGGUCAAGUGCAAUUAAUUGGUCCUCCAUCGACAGUAAGUCAAGUACAAUAUCAAAUUCAUCCAGGACAACCACUACAAAUUCAAGGAAUUCAACCUGGAUCACAAUCAUCACCGCAACCUGUAGCCCAAAUGUAUGUUAUGAGUCAGCCACCACCACAGAGUCCAGCUCAACAAAACUUUAUUACAAGUAGUAGUGCACCAGUUAGUGGUGCAGUUUCUUAUGUUUAUACACAACCAAAUGUACAAAGGCCUUCUACACCACCACAAGGAAUAAUCGAAGCCGUCAACGUGAAUUUACAACAACCACCUCCAGCAACACCAAUUAAUAUAACUCAACAACCACCUCCACCGUUAUUGCAUCUUCAUUUUCCUCCGCCAAACUUUCCUCCGAAUCAACCACCACCUCCAGUACCACAAACUUAUCAAAUACAAUAUCAGCAAGUGCAGGCACCUGCAUCACAAUCUCAAACACAGUUUGUGUUACAACCUGGAGAGCACAUUGUUCCACCACAGUUACAACAAAAUCAUGAACAGUCUCAAGCUGUGGCUCAGCAUAUGUUACCUCCACAAUUUGAAGGUCAUGCUCCUCAAUUUCAUUUACAAGUACCUCCUCCGUCUACACAAACUUUUUUAGUCCCUAAUGCUCAAUCGCCUCAACAUCCUCAACAACAUCCUCUUCCUCCUGGAGGUGAAGUUCAACAUCAACAAGAAGGACCAGUGGAUCAAGGAUCACAACCUCAACCAGUACCACCUCCACAAAUUGUACCACCACCUACUGCUCAAAUACCAAGUUCUAUGAACGUUCUUACCAGUAUUCCGCCGCCGACGCAAGCACCUCCUUCACAGAAUGCUCCAUGGUUAUAUCAGGCACAACAACCGCAACAGAUGUUGCAAUCUCAGGGUCAACUGCAGGUUCAGAUGCCACCUGCAAAUAUACCUUUACAUAAUGUACCUCCACCGCAAGUUCAAGCGCAGAUACAAUAUGCUCAGCAUAUGCAAUAUCAGAAUGGUCAUAUGCCUCCACAAGUACAUUAUACAAUUCAAUCACCACCUCAACAAUUUGAGCAAAAGCCUGAUUCUCCUGAACAAAAAUCUCAUGGUGUAAAAAGAAGAUUUUCAGAUGUUGAAACAAAUCCGGAAUCAUCACCUUAUCAGUGUGGUCCUCUGCCUGCUCAACGUCAUGGAACAGGAGAAGGUGAUCGACAGCAGCAAGUCUUACAUGGUCCAUCAUCAACAGCUGCGGGUCUACCUCAUGGAGAUCGAAACAAGCUGCUAAUGCCACCUCCACAUCCAGGUGAAAAACGCAACUUGGAUCAAAAAAGUGCUGCCAUGAAUACAGGAAAUGAGCAGAAUCCAAUGGGAGAUUCAGUAAACAUACAUCCUGGAAGUGGGCCACCUUUACCCCCUUCACUUUUACCACAAGCACCUUGGCAAACACAUCACGUUAGAGUUCCAUGGGGUAGACCACCACCAAUGCCAAGGGAUGGAGAGCAUCAAGGAAUGUGUCCUUCAUUACCUCCAACAAAUAUGCCACCACCACAAAUUAGACCUAGAGGGCACGUUGAAGGUAAUCGUUCACCUGUACAAAAUGCGAUAUUGGAACAUCCGUUGAAUAUCGAAUAUAAUCAAAUGCCACCAUAUACGACAAAACCUCCUCCUUAUAAUUCACACCCAUUGAUGCAAUCCAUUUGCAAUCCACCGCCACCACCACCGCCGCAUCAUCAGCAGCGACCGCAGCAUCCACCUCAAACAGUACAGCAUUAUCAGGUGCCAAUUUCUCAAACAUAUCAACCACCAACUUCUUGUCCACCAUGGAUGAAUUAAAUGAUAUGAUAUAAUGAAACUGAAGUUCUUACGUUAGUACCUUAAAGAUGGCUGAUGCAGUCCGUCCGAUUUUACACCAUUCAACUAAUCCAUUUAUUGCGAAUGUUAAAUUCUAAAGAACAUAAGGAAAUGGAUGGUAUUGCAUUAUGUUAUCUUCAUUGAAUUGUUCCUUGUGAUACAAUUAAUUAUAAUUUAACUAUUUGUUGCAAAUGUGUCGCUGCGAAGAUGCUGUUUUGUAAAAAUUGUGUAUAUGUUACGAAUUAUUUAUAAUGAACGUCUCAAAGAUAGCGAAUAAUAAUAAAUUUAUAAAUGCUGUGUUAUGAGUGAGUAACGCGCGUAAGAUACGUAAGAUAAAAUUUUUGGUAAUACAUAAUUACAUAAUGCAAAAAAUCACGAUUUGCGAAAAAGAAUAUAUAUCAGGUGCGAUGCUGGUGCAUAUACGAAAAAUGAUUCUAAUUAGUUCCAAGAAAUGCUUUUAGUAUUCACGCACAUAUAAUCAUAUGAAGAUUUAGAAAUGUAAUAUUUUAUAUCCAUAGUAUAUAAUCCUGUCUCAAACUUAUCAUAUAGGCGUCUUUUUUUUUUUUUAUCGGCAUACUUUAUCCGUAUUGUAUAUUCAUGUAUGAAUAGUAUACAUACGAUGUAUGCGAGUUUGUAUACAAACUGUUUAAAUUAAGGUGAUUAAAUCAUCACCUAUAAUUUUAUGAGACGUUAAUAUCAAAAUCUCGGAUUUUUCCGUGUAAAAAAUUGUCGUAAUUCUCACUAUAUAUCUGUGAAAAGUGUAAAUUAAUUAAUCGUUGUUAUGGUGUAAUAUUUUUGAUUUAAUGAAUAAGUUACUAGGAUUAGUUUUCAUAAAGAGAUGAUUCUUGAUACAGUACGAUAUUUUACUGUUAUGAUGAAAAAAACGAGUUAAACUCGAAUCUGUUGAAUUUUGACUGAUGUAUGGAAUCUUUCUCUUUGAAUUAAGUUAUUAUUUUUAUGGUUUAGUUAUAGAAAUAUAUUUUCCGAUGGAAUAAUUUUUUGAAUAAAUUAAUUUAACUU